CUUAGCCGCAAAAACCAGGCUUGUGCCCCCCUGGGAAAAAGUGGCAGAUUCCGUAAUCUGACCCUUGCACCUGCUACAAUACCCCGGAUGUUCGAGCGCCAUUUUGAAUGUUGAAACCGAAGAAAAGCUGGGAAAACAGUCCGAUCGCCUCCCCCACUGGCACGGUCACCCGUCCUCAGGCCUCGGGAUUACUGGACUCGAUGUAAAAGUCGAGUUGAUAAUUGCUGACACGGUUGUUGGGUGACGUACACCGUCCUGGGACGCCCGGGCCGAGCGAGCCCCGCUGUGACCCUUGACUUGUCGGAGCGGUCUCACAUCUUGUGCGCUAUACCUGAGCGCUUCUUCUGUCCUAAACCACCGCCCCGGGGGGAAUAGGUGUGCUGCAAUUAUUUCAAGUAAAAAUUCCAGUCAGGGGAGUGAUUCGCCAUGUUUUCACGCAAGAAGAAAGACAAGGAUAAAGAGUCCAAGGAGGAGCGUAAGAAGGAGAAGAAGGACAAAAAGGAGAAAAAGGAGAAGAAACACAAGUUCUUCUCAAGGGGAGAACGAAGGGACCAGUCUGGUAUGAGCCACGAGGAACUGGCUCAGCUCGAGGAAUCAGCUCUGAAGCGUGGGAUUUUCAACGUGUCUCUCACACGGCGUAAGAAGCACCAUCCCGACCAGGAUUCGCUGGAGAACCAGCCGAUGGCGACGCAGGCGAGCGACAGCAGCGAGACGUCCAGUCUCAGUUCCAUGGGGCGGGGGUCCGGUCAGUUUGGGGCGGGGGAGGCUCUGGAAGGGGCUACGGCAGCACCUGUUCCGCCCCGCCGCAGCUCUGAAAACCGACCCCCUGUCCCUCCCAAACCUGCAGCGCGGCCGAAGAAAGGAAUUCUUAAGUCGAGUUUCGGAAAAGCGGAUAAGAUGCGCAUCUCAGCGUCUCUUGACGACACCCACACUCUGGCUCGGAAUACGGUAAUGAACGAGAACCUGUUCUCGGGAGACGAGGAGCAGCCGUUGGAGGCUCCUCCCCGGAAAAAGUUCUCCAGUCCGAGAGCGGCUCAGGCAGAAGUCCCGCUGUUCCCGACACUGGGCGAGAAAACUUUCAACGCCGACCUCAGGCUGCCCGCAGUAGCGCCGCCCAAACCCCCUCGGUCGCGUGACAUCAACAUCAACCGACAACCGACGGGAGAUUUCGGUUUCUCCCUGCGGAGGGGCGUGAUCGUGGAGAGAACCUACGACAACAAGGAGCUACAGAAGGUGGUGCACUUCGCCGAGCCGACCUUCGCGAAGAACAACCUGACGGGCCUGCUCCCCGGGGACCGGCUGGUGGAGGUGAACGGGGCGAACGUGGAGCAGUGCACGCGAGACGAGGUCGUGGAGAUGAUCAAGAAGUCCGGGGAUUCCGUCAACCUGAAGGUGCAGCCCAUCCCGGAGCUGAGCGAGCUCACGUCGCGUACCGGUAGCGAGGCGGAAACCCCCGUAGAGCAGUCCCCUGUGCACACUGGCACGCUCAAGAGAAGUGGCAGCAUGCGGUACAAGAAGGACAAAAUGGCUAAGUCUGAAGACCAGCUAGCGGAGGAGCAGUCCUGGCUGUCCCAUGCAGAGAAGGUCUGGCUGGUCCACAAGGGGGGGUUCGCUGGAGCCGGGCUCCUCCCCAGUCAGGGCGACCUUCCUGAAGGUCGGGUCAAGGUCAAGUUGGACCAUGGAGGAGAGGUGUUGGAAGUGGACGAGGAUGAUGUCGAAAAAGCGAAUCCGACACAGCAUGACAGAGCGGAGGACAUUGCGUCCCUGCGGUACCUGAAUGAGUCAGGUGUUCUGCACACCUUACGUCAGCGGUAUGGCAGUAACCUGAUCCACACCUACGCUGGGCCCACCCUGCUGGUCAUCAACCCCAUGCACCCUCUGUCUGUGUACUCUGACAAGGUGAUCCAGAUGUUUAAAGGCUGUAAACAGGAGGACAUGCCGCCCCACAUCUAUGCUGCUGCCCAGACAGCCUACCGUAACAUGCUGUCCUCCCGGCUGGACCAGUCCCUCAUCUUCCUGGGCGCCAGCGGCAGCGGGAAAACCAUGAACUCACGCCACGUCCUGCAGUACCUCGCCACGGUGGCAGGGACAGUCAACAACAAAGUUUCAGUUGAGAAGCUGAAUGCGGUGUGCACCAUUCUGGAGGCCUUUGGGAACAGUAAGACAGCCAUCAACAACAACGCCACACGGUACGCUCACAUCACUACACUGGACUUCGACCACUCCGGACAGGUGGUGUCAGCAGCCAUUCAGACCCUGUUGUUAGAUAAGAGCCGUGUGGUGCGCAGACCGGAGGGGGAGCUGAGCUUUAACGUGUUCUACCAGCUGCUGGCCGGGGCAGACUCCAUCCUGAAGAACGAACUUUACCUGUCCAACCUGGAACCCAACAUGUUCAUCACUCCACUGGAGAGGACUGAUGACCGACAGAGAGCCAGCCUAGCCUGGGCCAGGCUCCAGGGCGCCAUGGAGGUGCUGGGCUUCACAGAGGACGAGCAGAAGGCCAUCUGGUCAGUCCUGGCCGCAGUCUACCACCUCGGGGCUGCAGGGGCAGUCAAAGGGUCCAUGAGUGUAGGAGCACAGUUUGCCAAGCCCAGUGCUGCUCAGAAGGCCGCCUCUCUCCUGGGGUACGAGGUGGAGGAACUGGCACAGUGUGUGUUCAAGGUUGGCUCAGCCGUGGCCCGGGCACCAUCCUUCCGCGGCGGGGAGCGGCCGGCCAGCAGUCCUACAGAACCCCCCAACCCUGUGGAACUCCUGGAGGGCAUGGCUGUGGGGCUGUACUCUGAACUGUUUAAUGUGGUGGUCUCCUUGAUGAAUAGAUGUCUUGCGUCCACCUAUCGCUCGGUGUCUUCCAUGGUGUUGCUGGACGUGCCCGGGUUCCAGAACCCCCAGACAGUGGGGCGGGAACGCGGCGCCAGCUUCGAGGACCUCUGCUACAACUAUGCAAAUGAGCGCCUACAGCUCUCCUUCCACGAUACAACAUUCACAUCGCUGCAAGACAGAUAUGCCCAGGAGAACAUAGACUGUAGUUUUGAGACGGUGACGUCCACCCCCGCCCCCAUGGUAGCUGUGAUUGACAAGCCAGGACAGCAGGGUUUGAGUCGGACCAACCUGGACACCCAGGCAUUAGACCACAAGGGGUUGCUAUGGAUACUUGAGGAGGAGUCACUCAUGCCAGGGGCCACUGAAGAAUCAUUCCUGCAGAGAGUUUACAGCUGUUAUGGUGAUGGAACAAGUAGAAGAGAAGGGCUGGUGCACAGGGGAACCAAGAAGUCUUCCUUCAUCCUGAGACAUGCGCAGGGGAGUAACCCCGUACAGUACGACGUCACCAACUGGCUCAAACAUGCCCGGGAGAGCCCAGCAACCAAGAAUGCAUCCGGCGUGUUACAGGACUCACAGAAGGAGAAUAUCUGUGGUUUGUUUGCCGGCCGCCUGCCGACCUCCAACAUCUACUCGGGGUCGGUGGUUGGUCUGGAGAGCGCCUCGUCCCUGCGGAGGAUCUCCAGCAUCAGGAAGUCCUUCACGGGCGGAGCGGCCGCUGUCAAGAAACGCUCGCUCUGCAUGCAGGUCAAGUACCAAGUGGAUGGUAUCAUGGACACUAUCAAGAGAACACGGACACAUUUUGUCUGCUGUCUGAUGCCACAAGUCAACGCCGGGCUGUGUGAUCCGAAGAACGGGAUGCUGACCAAAUCGUCUCAGACCGCGGCGCCCGACACCGUGGACAUGCUGAACGUGCCGCUGGUGCGCUCACAGAUCCGCGGCAUGGAGAGUCUGGAGGCUGUGCGCACGUACAGACAAGGCUACCCUGAGCACAUGCUGUUUGGUGAGUUCCGCCGCAGGUUUGAGGUGCUGGCUCCCGCAGGCGACAGGCCGAAUGAACCUGUUCUGGAUGAGAGAAAGGCUGCAGAAGAUCUCCUGUCACAUCUGGACCUGGAGAAGACAUCUUACAGGAUGGGACUCUCACAGGUGUUUUUCCGAGCAGGUGCGCUGGCCCAGCUGGAGGACCAGCGGGAUGAGAAGACCACCGACACCAUCUCCAAGUUCCAGGCACACUGCAGGGGGUACAUCGCUCGCCAGAACCUCAAGAAAAUCAAGGUACAAGAGCUGGCCAUCCGAUGUAUCCAGAGGAACGUAAAGAUCUACAUGGCCGUGCGCAACUGGCCCUGGUUCCGCCUGGUCACCAAAGUCCUACCUCUCCUCAACGUGCACCGGACAGAGGACGAACUGAAAGAAAAACUGGUCGAGGUUGACCAACUGAAGGCCAAGCUGGAGAAGAUCGAGAAGGAACGCAACGAGCUGCGACAAGCCAACAACAAGCUGGAGACCAAAGUCGCCGACCUGACCUCGGAACUGUCGGAUGAACACAGUACAGCAAACAGUGCCUCAGAGAUGCUGGAGACAGAAACAGGAGAGAGGAUGAAACUAGAGAAGGAAAUGACACAGCUACAGGACCAGAAUGACAGCCUUCAGCAGAAGAUGAGACAGAUGGAGAUCGAGCUGACACAGAUGCGGCUGAUCCGAGCCUCGAGGAUUGGAGCAGUGGAGAGCGACGAAGAGGAAGAUGAAGGGGAGUCUAUCUACAAGGUGAAAUACGAGCGAGCCAUGCGGGAGAAUGAGUUCAUCAAGAAGCAGCUUCAGCAGAAGCACGAGGAUGAGAUGGAACAGCACCUCACAGCCAAGAAACAGCUGGAGAGGAAGCUGGCAGAUGCGCUGGAGGAUGCUGAGGAGCAGCAGCGGCAGGUGUCGAGCCUGAAGAAGAAGUGCCAGCGGGUGACGGCUGAGAUGCAGGACAUGAAACUGCACCUGGAGACCCAGCAGGAGAGGAACAGCCAGCUGGAAAAGAAACAGAGAAAGUUUGACCAUGAUGUCCACAUUGUCCAAGAGGAGACAGUGAGGGAGAAGGCAGCAAAGGACCGACUCCAGCACGAGAAGGACCAGCUCCAGACAGAACUCCUGCGACUCAGGAACUCCCUGGCCGACCGCGAAGCAGAGUACGACAACCUGACGCUCAAGGCCCAGCGCAUCGAGGUCGAGCUGACUGAGAUGUCGUCUGCAGGGUCUCUGGAUGACAAAGAGGUGGCAUCGCUGCGCCAUGCUAAGAGAGAUUUGGAGGCGAAGGUAAAGGAUCAAGAGGAGGAACUGGAUGAGCAGGCUGGACAGAUACAGAUGCUAGAGCAGGCCAAGCUGCGUCUGGAGAUGGAGAUGGAGAAGCAGAAACAGAAGCACAACAAGGAGCUGGACUCCCGGGAUGAGGAGGUGGAGGAGAUCAGGACACAGAGUCAUCGCAAGAUGAAGCAGCUGGAGAUGCAGCUGGAAGAUGAGCGCAGUGAGAAGUCCAGCCUCCAGCAGGUCAAACGGGAGCUGGAGCUGAAGAUCCGUGAGAUCGACGAGCGCGCGCCCAAACGGGACGUGGAGAAGGAGCUGCGUCUGAAGAAGGACCUAAAGAGGACGCGGGCCCUGCUGCAGGACGCACAGACCAUGAUAGAACACCUCAAGAUGAAUGCUCCGUCCAAACAACAGCUCAAACAGCUCAAGGGACAGCUGGAAGACUCGCAGUUCGCAUGUGCAGCUGCUGUGAAGGCCAGGAAGGCCAUAGAGUCAGAGCUGGAGGACCUUCAGCAUCAGCUGGACGAGACAUCUAAGGCAAAGAAUGAGGUGGAGCGUAAGAUCGGUCAGCUGGAGAGAGAGAAGACUGACCUGCAGAGUAAACUGGAGGAGGAUGGAGAGGAAAUGGCUGAACUGCUGAAGAAACACAAGGCUCUGGUGGCACAGGCAUCCCUGGAUAAGACCCAGAUAGCGGAGGAUGCAGCACACAUCGCUGAGCUGAACCAGCAGAAGGAGAACCUGGAGUCCACAGUAAGCGAACUGAUGGAUAAGCUGACUAUCAUGGAAGAGGGGUCAACUGGUGUUCCUCAUGCUUCACUUCUCAGGCUGGAGUCAAAGAUUCGUGACCUUGAGUCGAAGCUUGACCUUGAGCGCACCACGAAACACCGUCAGGAGAUCCAGGUGGGGCGUCUGAAGGAGAACAUCCAGCGGCUCCAGGAGGAGCGAGACAACUUGGACGCGGCCAAGCAGCGGCAUCAGGAGAUCACGCGGCGCAUGGAGCGCCAGCUGCGAGACUCACGGGAGGAGUUCUCGGACCUGCAGAGGAAGGAGACAGAGGCCACGCAGAAGAAACAUGACCUGGAAAUGGAGGUUGCAGAGUUUGAGAGUAAGAAUGAGGGUCUCCAGGCAGACCUGAAGCUGGCGUUCCGGCGAAUUGCAGAGCUCCAGGCAGCCUUGGAGGACGAUGUGUCAGACAGUGGGGAUGAUGAUAGCAGAAGUGAAAGUGAGAUCUCGGACGAUGAAGAGCUGACAGAGCUGCGCAAGAAGUUCCGCGCAAGAAGCCGCGACUGGAGCGACGACAGUGAGAGUGAGAGUGAAGAACCAAAGAGGCCUAGUCGCAAAAUUUCCUCGUCUCCCGAUGCCACUGUCCCGAAGGAGAACGGAGACUCGUCUCACCGCUCGUCAAACCGCUACAACCUGGAUGACGACGAUUCAGUGUUUACCAAGAAGUCGUCGUGGAGAGAUUAUAUCAACGAGGACGACAGCGAUGUAGACUUGGAGUACAACAGAGAAACCAGGAGAGCGUGGAGAGAGAGCAGCGCAGAUGCUGAUGAUGAGGAAACGGUUGUUAGAAAGCGGGCAAACAGGUCGUCCUUCUCCUGCCUGAAUGACAUGGAAGAGGAGGACGACUCGACAAAUCUCAAGAAGAAAUCCUCCCUCAUAGACACCAGCACAAAGACGGACACAAAGGUGACAAGGAGUUCCGCGAAGACUGAGACAAAGGCAACAGAAGAUGGAGUAGAGGAUGACAUAGAAGCGUCCAUCGAACGGGACAUAGCGGAGAUGAGAAAACGGCACCUACUUAGCAAGUCUGCCAGUGAGGAGCAGGCAGACUCCCCUCCGGAGGACAGAAAGUGGAAACUGUCAGACGGCACAGACUUAGACUCUUUACUGAAAGACUCCUCCUCCCGACACAGUAGACUCACACUGACAGACGACGAAAAGGAGGAGAUAUCCACCAGACAAACGCGGCUAACGGAUAACGUGAACGACAGUCGCAGCAGUAGAAUCUCGGAGGUGAACGAAGAGAACCGCAUACGCAAGAGCAGGCUGCUGGACGGCAGUCCGGACGACGUGGUCACCAGAAAUCGACGGCUGCUCGAUGACGAGAUUUCCUCCGACAUGCCCAAAGACGGUCUCGGGUCGGGAACUCGGACCAUGCACAUAGGAGGCACAGAACCUUCAGACAACAGCCUGGACCAGGUGGAUGCUGCAGUCUUACAAAGUCCCAGCUCUACUCUCACCAAGUAUAGAACAAGGUUCCGAGACCCAGAGCUUGCCUACUUGCUAAACGAUGAUGAUGAUGAGAAUGACGUCACAUCAUCACUUACUAAGAAAAGUAAGAAAUAUUCGGAGCUAGAGGACAAAGAUUUUCUGCCCAAAUCAAAAACUAGAUUAUCAUCCCCUCUAGAUGAUGAUGACGAUGAUAUAAUGAAAUUGUUGUCAAAAAGAUACAAAGGACGUUCGGGGUUAGAAGACUCUGACUUCCUUCCAAGAUCGAAAACCAGGGUGACUUCAGACUUUGACGAAGAUUUUGUCCCAUCAAUGGUAAUCUAUGGAACAAAGGGUCGCUCAGAGUUGGAGGACAUGGACUUUCUGCCAAAGUCCAAAGCAAAGUCCAAAGCAAAAGAUGGGGUGGAAGAUGACAUUUCAUCCCUGCUUUCUAAAGGAAAGAAAACUCUCUCAGAACUAGAGGACAAAGACCUUCUUCCAGUAUCCAAAGUACAGUCUCCAGUCAAAGAUAAAAACCUGGAAAAUGACAAAAAUGAUAGUGUAGAAGAUUCCAGUAAGAGUACUAAAUCUACAGAAGUGGCAGAAGAUACAGACACUAUCAAUUUAUCAGAGGUACAGAAGUCAGAAACUAAAGAUUUGGCAGUUGCUGAUGAACAGAAGGUGCAGGCUUCGAAAGACAGCAAAUCUUUGACCCCAACAAAAACAAAAGACUUGAUGGAUGAUGACGAGGUUGCAUCUCUGUUAGCUAAACGGAAGAAGGGCCAGCCUGAGGAAGAGGAGAAAAACGUUAGUCCGGAACCCAGGCAGUCUGUUACGGCUGCAGACUUGAUGGAGCCAGACGAUGUGGCGUCUUUGUUAGCGAAGCGCAGGAAAGGUCAGAGUGAGUUAGAGAACAAGGGAAUACUGCCCAAGUCUAAGGCUGAGACAUCGUGGCUGGAUAAGGAGCUUCCUGCUAUUGUUAAGGAGAAGGCUGUUCAAGAUACAACAGCUAAAGACGAGGUGAAAACAAAAGCAGAAAAUGAGAAUGAGGAAAAGGUUAAGAUGAAGGGCAAAACUGCUGAGCCCUCCAGUGAGGUGAAACAGAAAGUAGCAUCAGAUUUGUCUCCAUCCAUUCAAGAUGAAAAACCAGUGUCAAAGUCUGCAACUUCAAAAUUGGUAUCUGAAGAAGCAAACACACCAGCAAAGCCUGUUGAAGUCACCAAGAAAGUUAAAAAAGAAGAGCCUACUGAAGAUAAAGCAGUAAAGAGAGUGUCCUUCUUGGAGAAAUACACGGAAAUUGCCCUUGCUAAGGACGAGACAUUGCCCUCACUAUUAGCCCAGGAUACUAAAACUGUUUCUAAGGCAGACAAAGAAACUAAAAAUAUUUCCAAGGUAGCUUCAGAGAGUAAAGAUGUUCCCAAAUCUGCUGAAGCAAAAAAAGAUUUGUCUGUGGCAGGUAAGAAGAAAACAAAAGGUGAUCAAGAAAUGUCUAAGAUUCAGGAGACUAAAACUGUCUCCAAAGCAAAGGGUGAACUUGAAACUGUUUCUAAGACAGUCCAGGAAAUGAAAACAACUCAGUCGGCCCAGGACUCCAAAGCAGUUCCGAAGAAACAUGAAGAAGUUAAAAGUGUUCCUAUUGUACAUAAAGAACCAGAACCAGUUUCCAAAGUUGUUAAAGAGACUAAAGCUAGCUCUAAAGAAGAGAAGCAGCCAAGCCUUACAGAAGCCCUCCGUGCCGCAAACAAACAAAAUAACAUUGACUUGUUGAAAAGUAAGGUUGAGAUUAAGAACGAGCUGCAGAAGAUUUCCCUGGAUGUCCAGGAACUGAUGAGUGCAGCAUUCCAACCCAGAGACUCUGACACUGCAGAUAAGAAGGCAGGGAGGGUCACCACCACCCUCACCAAGGAGUUACAGUCUCCCACCAAGACUGAGAAAAAGACAGUCAAGGGAGGAGAAAAAGCACCUCCUGCUGUAGAUAGCGGUACGUCUCAACCAAAGAAAAGAGUGGUGUCAAGUCUGAAGCAGGACUUGAGAUCCCCAACAAAAACCAAAGCAGAAUUUCCUUUUGAAACCCAGGCUAAAACGGAGGGUGGCUUUUCUUCCGAGCAAAAAGUUCGGAAGGUUUCCAGUUUGACCACUGAGUUGAGGUCGACGCGCCAGGGUGCCAUAGAAAGUAAACCUCCAGAACCGAAACCUCCAGAACCACCUCAACAACAGCCUAACGUUCCCAAGUUCAAAAAGAUCAACCCACCUGCAUCUUUGGAUGGUGAGCUGACUCAUAGCUUGUUUGGUCUCAUGAACAAGCCAAAGUUCAAGAAAGGGAAACUUGCUUCACAGUUUGAACCGAAGAGUCCUAACGUUGAUUCUGUACCAAAGGACUCCAAAACUUCUUCCAGUUUACAAAAAAAUGAAACAGCUAAGAAAGAGACUGCCAUCUCAUCAGACAGCAAAGUCAUAAAAACUGAUAAAGACAAGAUUACAGUUCAGAAACAAUUGAAGCAAACAGAGCCCAAAGCUGAAGUGAAGAAAGUUGUGUCUGAAGUAAGUAGUGUUAAAGAGAACAGAAAUGUCCCUGGCAGAAAAGGUGGGAGAUCUAGAGACUCACCAAAAUCCCAAGAAAGGCGUGCGGAGGCAUAUAAGGCAGCUACAAAAAUCAAUGAGCCAAUAAAACCAAACCCUAUCAUGAUCCGACAACCUUCCCUUCCACAAGACAUUGAACCACCCACCGAAUUCCCAAAAGAGUUAGUGAAGUACGGUGUCAAGGAUGAAACUCCGAAAAAAGCCAGUGGCCCCAAGAAAAAACCCUCAGCUGUCCUACAAGCUGCUCUUUUCUGGGAGUCUAGAGUUGAUGUGAAAAGAUCGGGUAGUCCUGUACCCAGACCUUUUAGCCCUGAACCCCAAACAAAUGGCAAGAAGGCAAGCUCUGGUGGGGUAAGCAAGCAGGGUGCCGCACAGAACGAGGGAUGUACAGAUCAGAACUGCUUUUUGAGUUGAAGUAGCCCCCGUGAGACACACCAAGAUCACUAAACACGCUCCUCAGGUUCCCAAGACGUUCACCUCCACCGCCAAAGUCUCCUUCUCUCGCACCC